ACAGCUUCAGUUUUAUAUAAAAAAGAGUUGAAUAUCUAUUCAACAUAAAUUUGUUACAAGUUUAAGUGACUGUAAUCCAUGACAUUGACAGCUAUUGCUAAAAGUUCUUUUUUUUUAUUCACCAAAUACCAUAAGGUGCUUAUGACCUGAAUUAGUUAAGUUUCAUUCAUAAUAGUAGCUAUAUUGAUAAAAUGUGAUCCUUAGUAUACGUUCGUCCUGGGUAUGACGUUAAACUGCGUCCACAGACCCUGAGUGACCACCCCAUCUACCAAGUGCCAACAGCCUCUUCGGAGGGUGGAUGAGGGGGUGGAGGUUCAGGGCACCCUCAUGCCCUUGGGGUGAGAAAGCACCCCUAAAGGCGGAUGAACCAGAUGGAUCAACGGCAUAGGACGCGGAAGGCAAGGGGAAUCCACCGCAUUAAAGAUCCUCAGGAUUUCCCAAGUAUCAGCAGCUCAAGAGCUGCUGUCAACCAAUUCUAGGAUUGAUUACAAAAGAAGGAGUACACAUGUCAAGCAGAACACAAUAUUAGAAUAUCAUGCCAAAUAACAGAGUGCAGCUCUUCACAGUGAUGUUGGUGGAACCUUUUGGUGUCCUCACUGAGGAACAGCUGCGUGGCAUUCCACUGCACUGACAUUCUUACUGGAACAGUAGUUUUUGGUGUUAUCCAGCUUUGUUGAUGAUUUCCAAAGCUGGAACACCUUGUGACUAGAUUGAGUCUUGGUGCCAGGCUCAGGUUCAUGCAGUCCAAUGAUCCAGCUAUUCAUGCCCUCCUUGAAAGUGCCAGCACGACUGCACGUCUCAAGUGGCUGGCAACAUCCGCAAGAUUGCCAUUUCCAUAUACUGCGGCAGAUCUUCGACAAUUUAAAACUUGUAUGCAGAAGGAGGAGCUGAAGAGAUGGUCGGCACAGAUGGGUCAAGGACAGGCGGUUGACAGCCUUGCUGGAGAUAAACUGGGGAAUUCAUUCCUGUAUGACCCCACGCUGUUAAAACCAUGUCGGUUCAUAACAGCCCUGCAGUUACGUACAAACACAACAGGAAACAGGACCAGCCUCAACCGUGCCGUACCUCAGGCAGAUCUGAACUGCCAUAAAAGUGUUGCGGCCAAGGAGACACUUGCACAUAUUUUGGGCCAAUGCACGUUUACUAAGGCGCUUACGAUCCGUCACCAUAAUGAGGUACAUGAUCUCAUUAUGGACAAAGCAAUGGAAAACGAUAAAGCCGCGGAAGUUACAAAGGAACCUGAACUCCCAAGCGACAAGGGGAAACUCAAACCCGAUCUAGUUAUGAAGAACCAGGCUGGGGUUUUUGUGGUCGAUGGGGAUUACCUAAAAGUUGCUAAACUAGAAAAGGAAAUAAAAUAUGGUAUUCUUCUGUCGGCUAUGCAGCGGGAGCGGGCUGCCCCGUCUGCUGAAGCCCUGCCCAUUUUUGGGACUAGAGGAGCUAUGCCCGCUGAUACUAUAAAAUGUCUUGAUAAGUUGGGGUAUAGUAAGGCGCCAUCAGAAGACCAUUUCCCUGAUGGCGCUUAGAAGCUCCGUUGAAUUGUAUCACGCAUGGAUUAUAAUCGUCAAAUCCUCUAGCUCUAUGGGCAGGCUACCUGCUCAUACCUGGGGGAUGGAACCUCUCCUAACCAGUGUAGGUUCCCCAGCUAUGUAGUAGAUGAGGGUCUGGAGUUCGGCCCUCGUUUGGCAGAGCCCACUCUUCAUAUUAAUAUUGAAUGUUACUUUGGCGAAUAUAUAAUUCUAAUAUUAAUUAGCCCUAUACACCUUGUGUCCUUUAUUUUAUUUUGUUACCUGAUUUUAAAUUGUUUUAUGCGGUCCUUUACACCGCUAUUGUUAAAAUUCUGUUAAC